AUGCCUAAUUCUUGGUCUGUUUUAGGUCUCCAGCCUGCUAGCACCAAAGCGCAACCCACCACGAUCAGCAAGUCUCACAGACCCAGUUCUGGCGUUUUACCUCAGGGUCAUACCCCUGGGCCGGGUCCGGGUGGUCAACAGAAUAGCAGGAGUUUUGCCGCCGCUCUGAGAAACCUUGCAAAGCAGGCAGGGCCGGCACCUCAGGAAGAAGAACCUCGAGCGAGCCCCAAGAAUCGAGCGCCACCUCCUCUGGUUAGAGGUCCUUCGCCUGCCAAGGAACGAUCGACGCACGAAAGAAGACCAGAGGAGAUGCCCUCGUUGUACACGAAUGCGAGACCCGCGGACACCAGUAAACACAGCGUAACUGCUGCCGCUUCCGAAUUGCUGGCCCGUUCCGGUUUUCAACCGUACCGGCCUGAACACCAUCCGGCCCACGCUCCACCGGCUUUCGCCCUGGAUCCUGCGGCCUACAAUCCUUAUCAUCACGGUCUCUAUCCACCGCCGCACCUUCAACACGCUUAUAGAUUAGAGGAACAGUUGUACUUGGAACGGUGUGGAAUGCUGAGACCGCCGUUAUUUCCUGGUUUACCUUCGUAUCCUCUGUACGGGUUAAGAUACAGUCCGGACAUGCUACCGCCUGCAUCCCUCGGACUGAUGUCUCCCGUGAUGCACGAGCGAUUGAAGCUGGAGGAGGAACACCGGCUCAGGCAAGCACGGGAGCAAGCCGCGUUGCGGGAGGAGGAGGAGAGGAGACGAGCGGCACGAAAUUCCGCUCCUGCAGCCCCGGUACCCGCGCCUGCACCUGCAUCCGCCGAUACUGCAGCUAGGAAGCCGACCAUAGCGGCUCAGAUGCAUAGCGACCGGGAGCGAGAACGCGAGAACAGAGAUCGGCCAAGCGGGAGCAGUAGCGGUGGCGGCGGCGGCAGCGGAGGCGGAAGCGGUGCAAAUAGCAACAGCAACGCUAAUAACAACGGUAACAGUAACGUUGGAUCUGUCGGUAAUAGUCAUCAUCCAUCGAGAAAAGAAGAGCACUCCGCGGCUAUGCCGCCUCCUUUGACUUCUACUCUACCCCCUCUGAACCUUGGACCUCCGCCAGCUAUAAGCUCCGCGGCUAUCGGUGGCCCGCCACCUAUCCCUCCUAUACCCUCUAUCUCGUCCUUAACGCCAGCGGUAAUUGGACCACCGCCACCGCCGCCACCUCCAUCCCUAACUAUGCCUUUGGCGCCUAUCAUUUCUAUACCUUCUCUCCAUUUACCCUCCGUAUCCUCGACUACUAUUCAUUCUAGUCAGCAUACAGCUACGAUAAUGAGCAGCGCGACAACUACGGUCACAACUUCUAUAUACCAUCAACAACAACAACAGCAGCAGCAGCAGCAGCAACAACAACAACAACAACAACAACAACAACAACAACAGAUGCAACAAUCGUCGCAAGCGCCGUCGCCAGUAACAUCGUCCACAUCGUCGCAACAUCAGCAACGUAGUAGCAGCGCGGCCGGUACAACGACGAGCAAUAGUCUGUCGAGCAGUGGCGGCACCAUGACAACGCACGGGACGCACACUCUAACGACAGCUAACGCGAUUCCCUCGAUUAUGAAUAGCGUCAACCAUAUGACCACCUUGACUCGAAAAUCGCCACCGUUGCCUCACGGUAUUCAUAGUUCGAGAGGUAAAGACGCCGGUACGGUCGCGAUAAGUACGACGACGAAUGCUUCGAGCACGAGCACCAGCAGCACGAUGAUCACCACCGUUACCACGACGAACACGUUGGCGACCACCCCGCAACCGGCUUUCGUUAGACCGUUCGAAGAUUCCUUUCGCUCUUCGUCGAAGCCUCAACCGAGACCCGUCGUGAACAGUCACAACCAUAUCAUAACCAAUCAAAUUUCUUAUCAGGAAUCGCCGGUGAAAUUGGCAACCGCUGUAACGACAACGUCGCAUACGAUCGCCGGACAGAUAAUAGCGGAGAAUUCCAUUGCGGAUAACACGAAGAGCACGAAUAUUCAGCAAUCGUUGUCACACCCGAUUCCCUAUCCGCCUCAACAAUUUCAUCAUCCUCAUAUACCUGUCUCGCAUGUAGCUAGUCUGUACAAACCGCCGCCGCAUUUCUCUUCUUCGUCUCCUCAUCAACAUCACUCGCAAGCGAAAGUGAACGUACCGGCGCUAGCUACUAGUAGCGGUGGCAGCACGAGUAACAGCAGCGGCACGACAGUAGCUACGACCAAUUCCAACUGUACGAAACAGCAAAGCAGCGCGCAUCACGUCAACGAGAACAAUUCAACGGCGACGGUGACAGCGGCCGUGACUCAACGAAACGAGAUCUCUUGUUCGUUGUCGUCGUCGUCGCCGCCGUCAUCGUCGUCCCCGUCGUCGUCGUCGUCGUCACCGUCGAUAUCGUCAAACGUCGUCAAUUGCAUAUCCGCCGACAAAACGGCAGGAAACGUAAAUUACAACGGCAAUAACGUUGGCGUUCCCGGUCACGGGAACAAGAUGACGAAUCACGCGAAUUCGUAUCACAAGAACAGCGCGGAUACACCGAUGAAGGAGAGCAAGGUUAAUUCGUGCAACGAGAAGAUGGAAAAUCACGCGAAGCAACAACCGACAGCGAAUCAGCUGAAUCAUUUAGGGAAAAAUUCGCAUCAGGAGAAGCCGUGGACGCCCCAUUUGACUUACGAACAACAAGGAAAGGGCCCGCCACAACAACCACCACCACCACCACCACCUCCACCACCACCACUACCACCACCACCCACUUUUCAACCUAUAAACUUUAAUCUCGCGGAGAAGGAGAUUAAACCUGAAGUAGAGUCUAAGAUACAGAGCGAUCAGAACAGCGUUUUGUCCACAUUAUCGUUUCAACCGAAUUUUAAGUUCAGCAUAAACGACAUCGCACAGAAGCCUAUAGAUACGACUCAGCUGAUGCAGAGCAUCAAGUCUGAGGAAGUUUUGCGUACCUGUCAGAACGUGUCUAAUGUUCUCCUACAGAUACCAAAAUACCAAGAGAAACUGUUGAAUUUCUCGAACGAGUUGAAAACCGCAUUUUGUUUCACCGACAAGUGCAAUAAUUUGACUGAGAUUUCCGUGAAGUGCGAACCAGCGGUAUUAAAUGUGCCUGACCUGAGCAAGGCUCUAGUCAAACAGGAUGUCACGAGCGAAAAGUCUUUUCUUGUACCUGAGAAGCCGAGAGAGUUAACAUCCUCGUUAGAUCUAGCCGAGAGAAGAAGGAAGAGGAAACGGGAAAGAAAUAAUACAGGCCUCGCGUGUAGUUCCGAUUCGGAAGGCGAAGAAGAAACGAAGGACGUGGAUCUCUGGAUUAUCAAAGGACCACCAGCCAAGUUACAGUAUUCCGAGAAGAAGCUUGCAUUCCUCGCCAUGUUCGGUCUAACUACUUUAAGUAUGAGGAAUGAAAUAGAGCUCUGUAAAGUGGAGAAGAGAUACAGGUUAAAUCCAGAUCCACCGGAAGUACCUUUGGAGACGGAACAAAUGGUCGAGUCAGUAUUACCAAUACCGCAGGAACAUCCGGAUGUAUUGCUCCACACGCCAGAUUUCGAGCCGAAAGUUGGUUUUCUCAGGACCAUAGGCCUCGACGUGAUGCCUCCGAACAGAAGAGAUGGCAAGUAUUGGCGCGAGAGAUGUUUCUCCUCGGCUGUCGAUAGUUGUUGCUAUAAAUUAAACUUUCGAAUGAUUACGAUUGACAAUGAACAUGAAAACAAUUAUUUUACAGAGGCAGAAGUAACGUGGCAGUACGUUCUGCAAGAUCGUAAGAAACGGAGAAGUUCGAACUCCGUAACCGCGUACUGCGAAAGAAUUGCCAAGGCGUAUUCGAAGAAUCCACCAACGUUACCGAAACCGCCGCAAAAGAUGAGACUUCUAGACAGAGUGAAAGUAAAGCAGGUUCCAGAACGACCACCGCCUCUACCACCUUUGGUUCCAAACAUCGUCUCGAUGGGUUAUCCUGCUUUGCCUAUGCCCGGUGAGAAUGGGGUGAAGCAACACUGUAAAAUCGUAGAUAUCAAGAUCGUGGAUGAGAAUGUAGACGAUCACGUCGGUGGGAAGAACGAAAGACCCAAGUGGACCGGCAUCGAGGACAUCAUGCUAGCUUACAGUGAAUAUUCCAAAGAGAGAGCAUUGGAGAAGAAAAUUUUGACGAGCGAAACAUCAAAAUUGGUAGCACAGUCGAACAACCUACGUUCUGAAACCAUUCACCUAGAGCGAAGGAUAUACGAACUGCUGUCUGCGAGAACGGCUCUUGAUUCGGAGAGACGAAUGCUCAGUGAAAAGAUUGAAAGGAUUAAUGCACUUGUUAGGAACCUUAGGUAG